AUGUCUCUCAGUCUUCAAUUCCACGUAGUCUUUCAAUCGAUCACUUGGGCUUUCAUCUUUCCACUUGGAGUAGUUUUAGGAUUAAAAAAGUCUCGAUAUCAUGUUCCUUGUCAAAUCCUCGGAACAGUUUUAACGAUUCCUGGUUUCCUUUUACCUUCAUAUGCUCAUCUUGGAAAACCACCUCAUCCUUCUCAUGCUCAUUCUGUUUUUGGAUAUCUUUUAAUCUGGUACUUGAUCUUUCAAGUCGGAUUUGGGAUUUUCCUUAAAUUACAUCUUUAUCAAACUUCUCGAAUUCGUUACUUUAUUCAAAGGUUUCAUUUUUAUCUUGGUUCUUGUUUUCCAAUCAUUAGUUGGACUCAACUCUUACUAGGUGGAAUUACUGGACUUCGAAUCUGCUUUGGCACUCAUACUGGCCAAUGUGUUUCUCACAUGCUUGUAGGAUCUGCUUUCGUCUUUCAUGGAAUCUUUUUGCUUCUCAUGAUUCAUUUCGGUCAACCUUGGCUCUCACGUUGUGGAUAUAGUCAAGAAUUUCUAGAUUCUUGUGUACUUACAGCUUGGGGUUUGGUUAAAACUUUUACUGAACAUGGUUUAUUUUUCACUGGUGGUCAGGUUUGGUCACAUCGAGAUACUCAAAAUACAGUACUUGGGAUCUUUUGGUUCGUCACUGGAUCACUUGGAAUAUACCUUUCUAGAGGUAAACGUCGUUCGAUCAUACCUGGAUUGAUGAUUAUCAUCACAGGUUGGACCAUAAGUUUACAUCAACAAUCAUCACCUUAUUCUGAUCUGGUACAUGGUGUCUUUGGUUAUACAUUAAUGGCAGCUGGACUUAGUAAAUUAUUAGAUGUUUAUCUUUUUGAUGAUCAAAUCAAUCUGAAUUCUAGUUCUACUUCAAGUAUUAAAUUUUCUAGACUUCAUUUGACUCCAUUCCUUUUAUUGAAUUCAGGUAUCAUGUAUUUAUCUUCAACUGAUCAACAACUUCGAAUGGUUUUAGUUAAACAAAUCGAUCAUUCUACUUAUACUUUAAUUCAAAUCUGUCUUUCUACUUUGAUUUAUUUCUUUGUGAAUUUACUUAUAAAUCUUUUUGAUCGUUCAAGUUCUAGUAGUGAUUCUUUGGAUCAUCAAUCUUCUGUUGAGUAUAUGGCUUUGGAAAGCUUUGAUAAAGAAAUUGUUGAUCGUUCGAUUUAG